AUGGAUUAAUAAAAUUCAGGCAACAGAGAAGAAAAUUCUGUUUAGGCAAGAAAUAGAAGAAGAAGAAAUGAUUCAAAUAAUAGAGAUUUUACUUGUGGUUGUGGUAAAAGCUAUCUAAGUUAUGCUGCCUUAUAUACUCAUUUAAAGUAUGAAACUUCAAAUAAUUUAUAGAUAGAAACAUGAUUCAAUUGCUCCUAAUGGAACUUAAUUGCCAAAUAAUGCAAAUUAAAGACCUGGUAGAGGUAGACCAAGAAGAGUAAAUUAAUCACAAUAUAAUAUGAGCAAGAAGAUUAAGAUAGAAAAAGUGCUAAAUCUGAUGAUGGUUAAUCUGAAAGUGGUAUUGAGCCAGAGGAGACUCUUGAAGAACUUUUAACAUUCUUUGAUAGUCUAGGGAAUUUUAGAUAACCUGAAAAAUUUGAAAAUGAAGUAGAAACUUAGGUUUUUUUGCUUUCAAACUUUCCAUGCAAUGUCUUUUCGAAUUGUUAAGAAUAUUAGGGAAUCUAUGAUUUAUUAAAAGAUCUUACAAAUGAGAAAGUAGGCAAUAUAUUUUUAUUUAAGAUUAAAUGUUAAGAUAUUGAUCUUCUUGCUAAUGAACCAUUUGAUAAAGAUAAAUCUUUACGCAAUACAAAUGUCACUAAAAUUUUGGCAUAUUUUUUAACAUAAAUAGGACCGAAGUUAUGUGUUGAAGCAUAUAGAGAAGUAAAUUUGAAUAAAAUAUUUUAAUAGAUGGCUAUAUUUGUAGUUUUCUAUUAAAAAUGUUUGAAUACUAUAGGUUAUUAGGCAAUUUUAAAUUAUUAAAAAGGAUUGAAAAAUGGUGAUCAUAAAUAAUUAGAUAUCAAAGAAGGUUAUAUAUCUAAAUAAUUAAUUAGAGGUUACUCAAAAUUAGGAGUUUUGUGAUGUUUAAAAUGGUGAACAUAUUUUAUUGAUUGCUAACGAUUUUAUAUUAUCAUUUUUACCUUAAUCCUAUUUGGGAUUAGAGGCAAUUGAAAAGAAUUUCAAAAUAUUUGGUAGUUGUGCUGAAAAAUUAAAAAAUGCUGUUUAUGUUACAUAACAUUUCUCUUAUUGGUUAUAUUCUUUAAAAUUUACAAAUUCUAGAUUAGAUUUUUAUACUGAUGAUGAUUGA